CAAACACUCUUUCUUGGAGGGGCAUACUUCUCGCUAGCCGAACGCUAAUGGGUGGAUGCCUUGGGUUCGCCAGUAUGAAUUUUCAUUCCAUACUUAUGGACCUCUUUGGCGUUUCUUUGAUGAGCGUGAACCCUCAUCAAGAGGUUGUAGAUCAGUAUGAUGCCCGGCGACAUGGUGGUGGAAUGGGAGCUUGGCUUGGUAUAUGGACAUGGUGCUGGAUUGGGUCUCUGGCAACUGGGUUCUUUGUUGGAGCUGUGAUUAUUGACAAUUACACUCCCGCCUGGGGAUUUUAUGUCAGCAUCAUCAUUAUUGCGGUCGUCCUGUUUCUAAAUGUUGUUUGCCCAGAGACUCGGCGAUCUGCAUAUCGACGAUCAGUAGCCGAAGUUCGGACUGGAAAGGAUAUUUCGAGACGAGUGGCAAAGGGAGAAAUUAUGAUGCAUCGUACCAAAACAGGCCCUAGAUGGUGGGGUCAAGAAGUAUAUCAUGGCAUUAUACUGUCCUUUGAAAUGCUCCGCCAACCCGGAUUCCUGGUCAUGGCGAUUUAUUCGGCCUGGAUAUAUGCGCAAGUGUUGUUGCUCAUUAUACUUCUAGGAUCGCUUGCCUCCAAAUACUACGACCUACGGCCUACUAUGGUCGGCUUGCUUGUGUUCAUGAUUGCCAUUGGGGCUUUCCUAGCAGUUCCUUUUCAAAAGGCCAAUCUAUUUUCAAGGUCGCGCCUUGCGCAACUAAAUACAAGCAGCGCAACAUUGGACAGACGAGUGUCGUGGUCAUCACACAUGGUUCGCCGAACCGUCUUUACGAUUUUGUUGCCUAUUACCGGGAUAUGUUAUGCAGCCGUUUCCUCGGGCCCAUCACUACCCGUUGCGCUUCCUACAUUGUUUGCGACAGCUUUUGGCUUCUUGUCGUGCCUGGCAAUAUCCGAGUGUAACGGCUUCAUCUUUGAAGCAUUUGACUGUUCUGACCUUUCGCCCGGAAUGACUGGUCGUCAAAGAGGCUCCACUGCUCGACAUCCCAAGAAGACCAAUUACUCGUCAUUUCCACGUGUGACGGCUGGGUUUGCGGUAAUACAUACAUUCUCAUUUAUUCUUGCCGCUGCGUCUACUGCUCUGGGAGGCCGGGUUACGCGAACCCUCGGCCAACAGGUCUCUACAGGUGUCGUCGCUGGGAUCUUGUUGAUCUUGACAAUCAUUCUUUUAAUGGUUCUCAUUCGCUUUGUUGAAGUAAAAAUUGUUCCGUCCUGCAAACUUGACGAGAUGGACAAGAUUAUCGACAUGCGCCGCAAAUCUACACUGCGACGAACAUCCAUGCCAAACGACUUGCAGGCAGUGAUUGAAGAGGAAAAGGCUUGGCGACCAGCAAUGAUUGGCAACCCGAUUGGCAAGACACGACGUAUGAACAUAUUUGAGCUUGGAAGUCUCACAAGAUGGCAAGAGAUCAGGAAGAAGAACAGGUUGAUUGAUUCUGGUGUCCAUGCGCAUUUGAACCGAACAGCGUGGAAUCAAGGGCUUGACGCACUUGAUGACCAGAUGAGCGACUUCAAGCGGGAUGCGCAGGAAUUUUUACAUAUUCGAGGCAAAGGCAAGGGACAUCGCCGCGUCAAGAGAUCGAACGAGGACAGUGAAGAUCUUGACUUUAGCUCCUACAGCAUGUCCGAUCAAGGGCCAGCCAAGAGCCGUAAGAUACGCACACCACGGGACGGAUCAAUGAAUCAGAUUAUUGAUGGGGCUAGAGAGACACACGGUGUUUAGCACGUGAAUAGCGUCUUUCAACGUGGAUAAAGUCUUUUCAACCUAUAAGUUCUUCUAUUGUAGGGAUAC